UGGGACAAGGGAUAAUGAAUCAAUCAGUGAUAGCUUUCUCGUCAUACUUUAUUUGUUGGCUUGUCAGUCAGUCAAACCUGCACCCCCAUUACCGAGGUCACCUCAUUGACUCAGUUCACUACUAGUGUAUGAAUAUGACCUUUCUCCGUGCCCCUGCCCUUUUACUUCCUGGCGCCGUGAUUGCCGCCAUGUACAUACAUACAUACAGACCUAGGUAUAUACAAAGCAUCUGUACUGCCCUGGUUUACCAUGCCGUCUCGACAUGCACUGCAAAGCGUAAAGAGGAAGCGGGGUUAUGUGAGUGGUGUGUAUUGUUUUUGACUUGGUGCGGAUGGGGGUACCUGUUCCAGCAAAAUUGGAAAUAGGUGUAUGUAGGUUAAUGUAUGUAUCAUUUUGGAUUCAAUGUUUAGGCCCCAGUUUGCAGCGUACAGAAUACCUACACCGUG